UCCUGCUACGUCGUUUAGUAGGUUCGUGUUUGCGGAUUCCGUGAAGAGGUUCGGUUACUUUUAGACGAAAAACCUGCACGCGUUCAGUUACCGGUUCUUUCGGGUGUUUGUGGAAGCAGAUUUUCAAAAAAGUCAGACAUGGAGCAGAAAAACCAGCCGUCCAGCUGCGCGACAAACGGCGAGAAGCAGAGAAAAGUGGCUCUGGUCACCGGUAUCACCGGACAGGACGGUUCCUAUCUGGCGGAGUUCCUGUUGAAGAAAGGCUAUGAGGUUCAUGGCAUCGUGCGUCGUUCCAGCUCCUUCAAUACAGGUCGCAUUGAACAUCUUUACAAGGACCCCAAGGCGCACACUGAAGGCAAGAUGAAGCUGCAUUAUGGAGACCUGACUGACAGCCUGUGUCUGAUAAACAUCAUCAGUCAGGUGAAGCCUACAGAGAUCUACAACCUCGGCGCUCAGAGUCAUGUCAAGAUCUCUUUUGAUAUGUCCGAGUACACGGCUAAUGUGGAUGGCAUCGGUACGCUGCGGCUCUUAGAGGCCAUAAAGGCGUGUGGAUUGACACAGAAUGUACGCUUCUACCAGGCGUCUACAAGUGAACUGUACGGCAAAGUGCAGGAGAUCCCUCAGAAGGAAACCACGCCGUUCUACCCGCGCUCGCCUUAUGCUGCUGCAAAACUGUACGCCUACUGGAUGGUGGUGAACUUCAGAGAGGCCUAUAACAUUUUUGCUGUCAACGGGAUCCUCUUCAACCACGAGAGUCCAAGGAGAGGUGCCAACUUCGUGACUCGUAAGAUCAGCCGCUCUGUGGCGAAGAUUUCCCUGGGCCAGCUUGAGAGCUUCAGUCUGGGCAACAUGGACGCCAAGAGAGACUGGGGCCACGCCAGGGACUACGUGGAGGCGAUGUGGCUGAUGCUGCAACACGAUGAGCCAGAGGAUUUCGUCAUAGCUACAGGGGAAGUGCACAGUGUCAGAGACUUUGUUGAAAAGGCUUUUGAAUGUGUGGGGAAGACGAUUGUGUGGCAGGGAAAAGACGAGGACGAGAUCGGUGUGUGCAAGGAGACUGGAGUGACGCAUGUGACAGUGGACCCAAAGUAUUUCCGCCCGACCGAAGUGAGCCGGUGUUUCCUGCAGUGUAAUCUGAGUCUGGUGGAAUGUGUGAACCACAUCCGACUCCGUCCUCCUCGAGUCCACGACUCGCUCUGUGUACUGUGGUCAACAACCCAAACCUGCCAGGGUGUCUCCACCAGCACAGGACUUCCUACAAGGCGACAGAAGCAAGGCUGAGAAGAAGCUGAAAUGGAAACCAAAGUCGUCCUUUGAGGAUCUGGUGAAGGAGAUGGUGGAAGCCGACAUCAAGAUCAUGAAGGAGAAUCCAAAUGCCUGAGACCACAUCAGGACACAAAUCUUUUUUUUUUCUUGUCAUAACCAUUCCAGUUUGACACGGUGGAAGGAAAAUACUCUUCUUAUUUUUUUGUCUUUUUAAAAAACUAAUCUUUGAUGCCUUGGAGUCUGCCUCUGUCCUGGUGUUUGUCUUUAAUUCUGACAGUAAAAAUGCCUUUUAUAUCUUUCACACUGAUUAUGUUAUAACAUACAAACUGGGGCUUUUAAAGGGUUAUUUAUAUUUCUUAUUGUUUCUUUCUUUUUCUUUUAUUUUACUGUGGAUUGAGUUGCUUAACAUUUUGCCAAAUGAUGAAUAUUAGAGGUUAUAAAUGGUUUUAUCUUUUCUUACAGAAGAUUAUGAUGAAUGAUUAAACUGUUGAAUUGGUAUCGUGACGGUUUGGAGUUGGGCUCAUUUCUCAUUUGUUUUCCGGCGCCUUGAUGAAAUCGGAUGUCAUGGCUUUAUGCUGAUGAGUGAGUGCUUUUUUGUGUAGGUCUGCCAGUGAAAGUGUGAGAAAUGAAAGCAGAAACUUGAGGUAUGCUGGCGUGUUCUCAGAAAUCUACACGUUUUCUUUACGAACACACUGGCUUCUUUGAUUCCACUGGUGGUGUCUGUGCAACCCCCCCUCCCCCCUCCCCAAACACCAUUCCAGCUCCACGUCUGAUCCCGGAUCCACACCGGCGUUACACCAGAUUCUGUGACCCAUCAGAUUUAGAGUUUUUUUUAUGUUUGAACACUCCGAUAGAUGAAAUAUUUUGCUGUAACAAAAACUUCAAAACCAUAAAAUUACCUCCCUACAAAAAUAUUGGAGACACAAUUUUUGUUAAGUUUUUAAUAUAAUACGAGACCACUGAUUUAAAUUUUUUGCUAUACGCUUAAAAAAUAAAAGCAGUGGACAUUUCCAAUCAAAGUCACAGAAUUCGGUGUCAUGUAGGUUCUGAUCCUGAAUGAUGGUGACACUGCUGGUACUUUUUUGUGUAUGUAUACUCUACUUUUUUUUAAUCUACAGCAAAAGAAAUGUUAAAUUUGUUUAAUCAUAACAUUUUCCCUUUAAAUGAUUUUUCCCCUUUAAAGAUCUGAUAAAGAUGAACAUGAAGAUUCUUUGGGGGGAAGUACAAUUUGGGGGGAAG